UGAAUCAUUGAUGACACAUACUACUUAGUAACCAUAGCAACAAUUCUUAACAUAAUGUUUAAUGAAAUUUAAACAUAGCAUAUUCUACAUAAAUGUAAUUUAAUUAAAAUAAAAUGGAGAAAUUAAGUAAGCCACAGAUAAUUAUUCACAGAGAAAAACCAGUUGACUACCAGUUAAAAGAUUGUCAAUGGAUUCAUAAUACUGCUAAGUAUAUAGCAGUUGGAGGUAAACCAAAUCUGAAAGGUGUUAUAAAUAUAUAUGGACUAGACGAUAAUGAAAUUCAAACUAUACAAGAAUAUGAAAAACCAGUUGCUAUUGAAUGUGCAACUUUUCAAGCAAGUUUAAGUAAUAAAAGACAUUUGGCAGUUGGAAAUUAUAAAGGUGACCUAGAAAUUGUUGACUUGGAAUAUUCAGCUAAAGCAAUUUAUUCCAUAAAAGCUCAUCAAGGGCUUAUAUAUUGCAUUGAUGGUGUUGGCGGACUUGGGGUUGGAUGUGGUGCUCCAGAAUUAGUGACUGGUGGAAAGGAUGGUUCCGUGAAAAUAUGGGAUCCAAGAGAAAAAUUACCAGUUGCAAAAAUGGAAACUGCUGUUGGUGCUAAAAAAAGAGAUUGUUGGGCAGUAGCUUUUGGGAAUUCUUAUAAUUCAGAAGAACGAAUUGUGUGUGCUGGUUAUGAUAACGGAGACAUAAAAAUGUUAGAUUUAAAAGCAAUGGCAUUGCGUUGGGAAACCAAUGUAUCAAAUGGAGUUUGCAGUUUAGAAUUCGAUAGAAGAGACAUUAAAAUGAAUAAGCUAAUAGCCACAACAAUUGAAUCACAUUUUUAUGUAUUUGAUACAAAAGUGCAGCAUCCUACAAAAGGAUUUGGCUACAUAAAAAAUAAUUUACAUAAACAUACAAUUUGGACAGUAAGGCAUCUGCCUCAAAAUCGAGAAAUAUUUACUACAACUGGAGGAAAUGGUUCAAUAUACAUAUGGAAAUAUAAAUACCCUGAAGAAAGAUAUAAAACCGAAUCUGACGGAGAUUUGAUAACAAAUCCAGGAAAAUUACAAUUGAUUCAGAAUCAGCUGAUAUCAACUCAACCAAUCAAUAAUUUCCGCUGGUGUCCAAGCAAAUUGGGGUUAGCAAUAUGUACAUCAUUUGAUCAAAACAUUAGACUAUUAAUAACAACAAAACUUAACUUACAUUGAAAUCAUAGUUUUUGUUUAUGUAUAUAUCAAUUAAUUUUUUUUUUUUGAACAAUAAAAUUAUGUAU